UGAGCUCCCUCCCCGCCCCGUCCCCUAGGAUCUUCGGUUAAUGGUCAUUGCACUGAUGCCCACCGCCCCGCCGGCCCGGGGACCCAGGAUGCCAAGCUGCGAGCGUCCCUGUGGCUGCAGCCGAGGCCCCAACGUGGAAGAUGGCAAGUGGUAUGGGGUCCGCUCCUAUCUGCACCUCUUCUACGAGGACUGUGCAGGUACCCCCCUCAGCGAUGACCCUGAGGGGCCUCCUGUACUGUGCCCUCACCGACCUUGGCCCUCACUGUGCUGGAAGAUCAGCUUAUCCUCAGGUACCCUGCUUCUGCUGCUGGGUUUGGCAGCCCUGACCACUGGCUAUGCAGUGCCCCCCAAGUUGGAGGGCAUUGGAGAGGGCGAGUUCCUGGUGUUGGAUCAGCGGGCAGCCGACUACAACAAGGCCCUGGGCACCUGCCGCCUGGCAGGCACAGUUCUCUGCGGGGCAGCCGGGAUCUUGCUGGCCGUCUGCAUGUUCUGGGCCAUGACUGGCUGGCUGAGCCAGUACCCCAAGGCAGAACCUUUGGACACUGAAACCGAUGGCCCCAUGGAGGUCUUCGGGGACGAGCUGGAGCAGCAGUUGUCCCCCAUGUUCCACGAUGCCAGUGGCCAGGCUUGGUUCUCACCACCCACCAGCCACUUUGGGCAAUCCUCCGUGCAGACAAUCCAGCCCAAGCGGGACUUUUGAGCCGCCCUCACGGCCAGAGGAGGAGCCAGGUUCUGGGGUCUGGACCCUUCCUCCUCCCCACCACAUCCCACCUUCCCAUUGUCUCCCUAACUUCUCCCUUUCAAUGGGGCCCCUUCCAUCUAAGCCCCCAGAAAGCCCAACUCCAGGUCAGAAAGUCUGGAGCUCACAUCUCUGUGUCCCCUUCCCAGGGGUAGGGCCCUAAGUCCUCCAAGAUGCCAGCCUUCCCCAAGUCCCCCCCAAACUUCCCACCCAUUCCUCCUUUCCAAAGCCAUUCAGGGGCAGAAAACUCCCUCAACCUAUCCCCACUCUUUUCUCUGUAUGACCUUGGGCAAACCCCUUACCCUUUCAGACCAUCAGUUCCUGCCUCUGCACUAAUGAAGGGUUUGGACCAGAUUCUGGAGUUCCAUGACUUUCUUCUUCUCCCCAGGACAUAAGUAUUACCUUCCACAGGCAAAGAUAAGGGGAAGGGUAGUGGCAUCAUUCUUACCCACUGACCCCAUCCUCUGUCAGCUGCACCAGGAGGCCUCAGGAUGGUUCCAAGAUGCUCACUUGGACCAGGAUGGUGCAAAAACAUUUACUCCUUACAGUAUGUUUUCUAUACAUCUUGGCAUCAGAGCCCCCAGUCCACCCCAUCCCGAACUCUUACUAACCUCAGUUUACAGAUGAGGGGGCUGAGAGAGGCUGGCAGUCUGCAGGAACUCGGACCCACGUCUGUAGACUCCUGGAACAGAUCUUGUUCCACAGUGGGAGCAGGACCCCACACCUUCCUGGCUUCCAGGGGACCCGCAGGGGUGGCACAGGUUCGGCCCAGAGAGACUAACUGAUACCUAAUGGUCCCAGGUGGCUCAGAAGAUACUUUGGACAUGCAUUUAAAUGCUCUCUAAGAGCCAGGGGGAAGGAGAACUGGGAUGUCUCUGCCCCUCAGAGUCCACCCACCUAGAAACCAUCACCCACAGGUCCUGACCUCACCCUGUACAAAUGUGCCCUCCUGGAGGCACCAACCCCUCCAUCCUUCAGGAUCCCCAGCCAGAUGCAUCAUCUCUGUUCUCUACCACUAGGG